AUGCAGUUCUCACUUGCCGCCGUUGCCCUCCUUGGAGCCGUUGUCUCUGCCCUUCCCGCCAACGAGAAGCGACAGGCCUACAUCCCUUGCAGUGGCCUCUACGGCACUUCUCAGUGCUGUGCUACUGAUGUCUUGGGUGUUGCUGACCUCGACUGUGGAAACCCCCCUUCGUCUCCCACCGACGCCGACAACUUCAGCGCUGUCUGCUCCGAGAUCGGCCAGCGAGCUCGCUGCUGUGUCCUCCCCAUCCUUGACCAAGGAAUCCUCUGCAACACCCCUACUGGUGUCCAGGACUAA